AGACGCGUAGCAGUACCGCCGGCUCGAACUAAAAAUUAAAAACCGGAAAUUCGGCUGAUGUCACCGUAACCACGCGGAGGUUGAGCAGUGCCGCCUAUACAGUGCCGCGCCUGGAUGUUUUAGUGGCCAGCCGACCAUAGCCAAAAAAAAGUGAAACCCUUAGACCUCUUUCCACCCGGACACGAGAGAACAUAAAGAGAGAUAAAGUAGGAGCUAGGUCAUGCUGCCUCCUGCUGCGUUGAGUGGCACAGGGAGGGGAGCGGCAGGGCGGGGCGGCCGGCAGGGGCGUGGGCCGGCGGGGGUGAUGUGCCUUGAUUGGACAGGACAAACGAGGCAGCCAGAGGAAAAGUGUGAAUGAUGUCACUUUCUUUCAUUUUUUUCCCGAAGUCUUUCCGGGUGAGUGAAGAUGAGCGGUGUCUUAAAUGCAGGUGACCGUGUUCUGCCAGUGCUCCCAUAAGCCUGAGUCCGGUUGCAGUGCCUUGGAGUAUGUAGGUCAUGUUAACGAGAGGCAAUGAGACAAUGUACACAUGGGACACUGUAGGCCAGAGACGCCGCCGCCUAUGCUGCGUCGGCUUUGUUGACUACGGCAAGGUCGGGUCUUGGAGAGCAGCAGCACAGGUGGAGGAGGAGGAGGAGGAGGAGGAGGCGGCGAGGAGGGAGUCAGGGGAGAGUUGUUGCAGAACUUUACUCGAUCUCCCUUUCAGUGUGGCUUCAACCUCACUGUGGGUCACACGCCUGGUACAGCGGACGGCCCCCUCUUGGUGCUCUCUCUUGCUUCGAUCUCACUCUUGCACGUCAGUCCGAGCCCCGCAACGCUCCCAAGACACCCGCCGCCCUGCGCUUCCUCCUUGUACCUGACGCAGCCCACUGGAUUGUGAUAUAGGGUGUACCGCACAGAAACAAUGUCAAGAACCGAGUGUCAUGCCCGGAGGCUCCUCUGAUUAAUGACGCAGUGAUAAAAGUGGAUGACUAAAAGACUGAGUGACCAGUGAACUGCCUACCGAGUGCGAAGGUACACUUUACCUACUGAGUGAUAAAUUAUUGUUUGACGAGUGAACUGAAUAGCAAACUUACUGAGUGGGAAAGUACAAGUUGACCGGUGAUCUUAAUAAUAAAUAGGGCAAUUAAUUCACCUUCGUCAUUGCUUGCCAUUACAUCCACUCGCUGGAAACACUGAAGCAAGGCUCGUACGACCAAGAAAACUACGAAGCACGUGGUGAAGAAGAAAACCUUGACUUAGAGCUACACGCGCCUGCCCUGACGAGAAAGGAAAGAUGGAUUUUGUAGGCACCCACAUGCGUCUGCUCCGUGCCAUCCCGCUGGCCCUGCUGAGAAUACUGAUCGUGGCGCUGGUCCGCGAGGCCUCCCACCACGACUACGACGCCGGCGGCAAGCUCCUGCAGCAGUACGACUUUAUUAUCAUCGGCGGCGGGUCUGCCGGAUGUGUCUUGGCGGCGAGGCUGUCGGAGGUGCCGGGGUGGAAGGUGCUGCUGCUGGAGGCUGGAGGGAAGCCGCCGCCGGAGAGUGUCGUGCCGGGUUACAAUCAGCUGCUGUUACGAGGCGAUGCGGACUGGAACUAUUACACUGAGCCGGAGAAAAACGCCUUCACAGCAUUUUCAGGCAACCGCAUACCCUACCCGAGAGGAUUCGCCAUCGGAGGCUCGUCGGUCAUCAACUCCUUGUUCUGGGUGCGAGGCAACAGACGGGACUACGACAACUGGGCGGACAUGGGCAACCCCGGCUGGGACUACAACUCGGUGGAGCCAUACUUCAAGAAGCUGGAGGACUACCGCGGCGAGACGACCCCGAGGACAGCGGCCUUCCACGGCUUCGGGGGACCCUUGACGGUGGAGAACAAGAAGUGGACGACCCCUGUGGUGGGCGGCUUCAUGAAGGCGGGAGAGCAGAUAGGCUACGGCAAGGUGGACCCCAGCGACCCUGAUCAAAUAGGCUUCUCCAUUGUUGAUCUGUCUGUGAGGAACGGCAUCAGGUGGUCGACGGCCGAGGCCUACAUCAAGCCCAACGCCUACCGCCCUAACCUGCACGUGGUCCUCAACGCCCACGUGACCAAGAUCAUUUUUGACGGUAACAGGCGGGCCAUAGGGGUCAGAUUCCAACACCAGAAGAAGAUGAAGAGUGUGUACGCACGAAGGGAGGUUUUGCUUGCGGGCGGUGCGAUUGCUUCUCCUCAGAUCCUCAUGUUGUCUGGCAUUGGACCCGCAGCCCACCUCAACUCACAGGGGGUCCCCGUCUUAGUGGAUCUCCCCGGCGUGGGAAAGAACCUCAACGACCACCCUUACCUCACCGGCUUCCCCUUCACCACGCGCCGGAACUCCUCCUUCCACAUCCUCCACUCCGCCAACCCGGACGUCAUCUACGACUACGUGUACAACAGAGAAGGCCGCCUGACCGGGAGCAUCUCCGUGGAGGCGUAUGCGUGGCCCUACGCUGAGCAAGGCGAUCCGAACUGGCCAGAAGUCCAGCUUGCCUUCACGCCUUUCACUGUUGGCAACGACUACGGCCUCAUUACCUCCUACGUGCUUGGUAUCGACAAGAGGUUCUAUAACGACUACUUCCGGCACUUGGGGAUGCGGGAAGGCUUCUCCGUCGGGCUGUUCCUCACCAGGCCGAAGAGCAAAGGCAGCGUGACCCUGGCCUCCUCUAACCCCUACGACCACCCCAUCAUCGACGCCAACUUCUUCGAACACCCCGACGACAUGAGAGCCUUCCUGGGGGGAAUGAAGAUGGCCCUCAAGCUCGCGGAGAUGCCUGCUCUGAAAAAAGACUUCGAGGCUCGCUUCCACGACGUCAUCCUCCCCGGGUGCGAGGAAUUCAAGCCCCUCAGCGACCCCUACCUUGAGUGCUUCGCCCGCGCCCUCACCGGUACCACCUACCACCCCACAGGGACAUGCAAAAUGGGCCCCGCCUCCGACAAGCUCAGCGUGGUGGAUCAUACCCUCAAGGUGCGCAAUGUCAAGGGCCUGAGGGUGAUCGACGCCUCCAUCAUGCCGCUGGUCACCACGGGCAACACCAACGCCCCCGUCAUCAUGAUCGCCGAGAAGGCCGCGGACAUGAUCAAAGCAGACUGGGGGGUGCCUACGCCGAUCCCUUACGCAUGAGCGAACGCAGCGACACCUGGGAACCGAUGAGCCGCCGCAUGCUGGCCUUGUGGGUGGUGAUCGUGGCCACGGGAACAGAUACAAGUAAUUAAAGGAGUGUCAGCGUGAGGUGGCAUGUGGGAGAGAGGUGUCGGAGGGCGUGUGAGAUUCAAAUGAGUGAGAGUUGAGUGUUGGCGAUCGCCAGGGAGAUCCUUUUGCCUUUUCAUGUUGAUAUCAAUGUUUUUAGCAUGAAUUAUUUAGGAAACUGCUGUCAUUGCUAUUGUUAUAUUAGCAUAUUUGUAGUGAUCGUCCGUGAUUUCUUUGGUGGUGCCUCUUGUCUGCCACACACCGCCCGGCGACCCGCUGUGCUGAAUGGUGGUCCCUUGUUUACGUGUGUGUGUGUGUGUGUGUGUGUGUGUGUGUGUGUGUGUGUGUGUGUGUGUGUGUGUAGAUGGGAUUGCCGUUGCCUAUGUAUAUAACUAUAUUUCCGCAUUUGUUUUAACUCUGGAGAAAAGUUGCAUCCAGGUGAAGAGCUUGUGUGAUUUUCUUUCAGAGAAGAAACUAUCAAUAUGGCAACUUAUAUUAACGGAAGCCAUGAAGUGUCUCACGCAUUAUUGUUAUGACGCGUUACAUGUAUUAUUUAAUGUAAUCACAUGUUUGUUAUUGUUGUUGUGGUUACUAUAUGCGUAUGUCCCUGUUGUAUUUAUUUACUGUGUUCAAAUUCACCUAUGACGU